AUGGCUUCCCUUUUCAAGAAGAAGACUGUGGACGAUGUGAUAAAGGAGCAGUCGAAGGAGCUGCGCGGGACUCAGCGACAGAUCACCAGAGACAGAACAGCGCUGGAGAGACAGGAGAAACAGCUGGAGGCGGAGAUUAAGAAAAUGGCAAAGAGCGGUAACCGUGAGGCCUGUAAAAUCCUGGCCAAGCAGCUGGUCCAGUUGAGGAAGCAGAAGAACCGAACCUACGCCGUCAGCUCCAAAGUCACAUCCAUGUCGACUCAAACCAAACUCAUGAACUCACAGAUGAAGAUGGCCGGAGCGAUGUCCUCCACAGCCAAGACAAUGCAGGCGGUGAACAAGAAGAUGGAUCCACAGAAGACCCUGAAGACCAUGCAGGACUUUCAGAAGGAAAACAUGAAGAUGGGAAUGACAGAGGACAUGAUAAACGACACUUUGGACGAGUGCUUUGACGAGUCCGGAGACGAGGAUGAGAGCCAGGGCAUCGUGGACCAGGUCCUGGACGAGAUCGGCAUCGAGAUCUCAGGAAAGAUGGCGCGGACUCCAGCUGCAGGAAAGAGCAUCCCCAGCGCCGCCUCGUCUUCCAAAACCACCAUUUCAGACGAGGAGAUCGAGAGGCACCUCCGAGCUCUGGGAGUCGACUAA